AUUUUAUAUUGUGAAUUUCGUACAGAAAACUAAAGAAAAUGGGUAGGAAAACAGCGGCAAGUUCAGCGAAAGGCAAAGAAAAACGUUUGCAAAGAAAGGAAGAGCAACAAAGAAUACAAAAUGCCAUGCAGGCAGUUGAAAAGGCGAAUAAGUUAGAUGAUCCUUUUGCAGAUUUUCCCGUGUUCCAAAAAUUCAACAAGAAUGGUAUUGAAGCUGAAUUAUCUAUUAAAAAAUGCAGGGACCUCGAUGAUGGCUUCAAAAGUUGGGCAUUCAACUUGACUAAAAAAAAUAUGCAACACAAGUAUGAACAAAGUUCAUGGGGUUGGAGUGAUGAAAAGAAGUUGGAUGAAUUAACGGAUGAUGCUGCAUGGUAUUUAAUUGUAAAAGCAGUGGAUGGGACUUCUUUAGGUUUUUCACAUUUUAGAUUUGAUGUAGACGAAGGCAUUGAAGUUUUAUACUGUUACGAAUUGCAACUGGAAUCUUCUAUACACCGAAAAGGUCUGGGGAAGUUUAUGAUGCAAGUCUUAGAACUAAUAGGUUUCAAAAACAAUAUGAGAAAAGUGGUUUUAACAGUAUUAAAGAAUAAUCAAAACUCUAAAUUCUUUAGAGCAAUUAAUUAUGAAUUGGAUGAGUCUUCACCAGUUGAUGAUGAAGAUGAGACAUACCCAUAUGAAAUUUUAAGCAAAGCAAAUAAAAGACUGGCUCCUGUUAUGCCACUUUCAGUGUCCAAUGGUAAAAACCAUCAAAAUGGCCACUGCUGUUCUGGACAUCACCACCAUUAAGUUAACUUAGGUAUUAAAUAUUUAUUUUUAAGCACAACCAUAUUGGCUUUUAUUGUUAAAAUAAUAAUAAAUUUGCAUUCUUA